ACUUACACUGUAAGGUGCAUUUUAAACUGCGGUAGCAUUUAAUCAGUGGGAAACUUCAUAAAAUUCCUGAAAAAUGAGUAUUUUAGCUUAUAAUGGUGGAGCUAUCAUAGCAAUGAAAGGCAAGAAUUGUGUGGCAAUAGCUGCUGAUCGCAGAUUUGGUAUACAAGCACAGACUAUAACACGUAAUUUUCAAAAAAUUUUUGAAAUGGGUCCACAUUUAUAUCUAAGCUUACCUGGUCUUGCCACUGAUACUCAAACAGUAAUGGAAAAACUAAGAUUUCGAUUAAAUUUGUAUGAACUAAAGGAAAAUAGAAAGAUACAUCCUAAAACAUUUGCAUCAAUGGUAUCAAACUUAUUAUAUGAGAGAAGAUUUGGGCCUUAUUUUGUAGAGCCUAUCAUUGCUGGGUUGAUUCCUGGUACAUACGAACCGUACAUUUGUAACAUGGAUUUAAUAGGAUGCAUAAGUACACAAAAUGAUUUUGUUGUUGGUGGGACAUGCAGUGAACAGCUUUAUGGAAUGUGUGAAUCACUGUAUGAACCAGAUUUAGAGGCAGAUGAUCUUUUUGAAACAAUCAGUCAGGCUUUAGUAAAUGCAUGUGAUAGAGAUGCAAUAUCAGGUUGGGGUGCUCUUGUUUACAUAAUAGAAAAAGACAAAGUUACAACCAAAUCUAUCAAAACGCGAAUGGAUUAAAAUAUCUCGAAAAUACACAUUUAAAUUGUGUAUAAAUAUGAA